CGGGCGGGCCAGAGCGCGGAGCCGGGCGGCGCGGCGGCGGCGGCGGGCGCGGGCCGGGGCCAUGGUGGGCCGCUGCGCCGCGCUGGCGGCCUUCCUGUUCGAGUACGACACGCCGCGCAUCGUGCUCAUUCGCAGCCGUAAAGUGGGGCUCAUGAACCGCGGCGUGCAGCUGCUCAUUCUGGCCUACGUCAUCGGGUGGGUGUUUUUGUGGGAAAAGGGCUACCAGGAAACAGACUCUGUGGUCAGCUCAGUUACUACCAAGGCCAAGGGCGUCGCCGUGACCAACACUUCUGAACUGGGAUUCCGGAUCUGGGACGUGGCGGAUUAUGUGAUUCCAGCUCAGGAGGAAAACUCCCUCUUCAUCAUGACCAACAUGAUCAUCACCGUGAACCAGACCCAGGGCACCUGUCCUGAGAUCCCAGACAAGGCCACCGUGUGUCACUCAGAUGCCACCUGCGCUUCUGGCUCCACGGACACCCACAGCACUGGAGUCACGACUGGAAGGUGCGUGCCAUUCAAUGCAUCGGUGAAGACGUGCGAGGUGGCAGCCUGGUGCCCGGUGGAGGAUGACAGACAGGUACCAAGGCCUGCUUUUUUAAAGGCUGCGGAAAACUUCACCCUCUUGGUUAAGAACAACAUCUGGUAUCCCAAAUUUAAUUUCAGCAAGAGGAACAUCCUCCCCAACAUCACCACCACCUACCUCAAGUCCUGCACCUACGACGCUCGGACAGACCCCUUCUGCCCCAUAUUCCGUCUGGGCAAAAUAGUGGAGGACGCGGGACACAGCUUCCAGGACAUGGCCAUUGAGGGAGGCAUCAUGGGCAUCCAGAUCAAGUGGGACUGCAACCUGGACAGAGCCGCCGCCCUCUGCUUGCCCAGGUACUCCUUCCGCCGCCUGGAUACCCGAGACGCCGACCACAACGUGUCUCCUGGCUACAAUUUCAGGUUCGCCAAGUACUACAGCGACAGCGGCCGCGAGCGCCGCACGCUCAUCAAGGCCUACGGCAUCCGCUUCGACAUCAUUGUGUUUGGCAAGGCUGGGAAAUUUGACAUCAUCCCUACCAUGAUCAACAUUGGCUCCGGCUUGGCACUUUUCGGGGUGGCGACCGUGCUGUGUGACAUCAUAGUCCUCUACUGCAUGAAGAAAAGAUACUACUACCGGGAGAAGAAAUACAAGUUCGUGGAAGAUUACGAGCAGGGUCUUAAUGGCCAGACAGACCAGUGACGCCCACCCCACACCUCGACUCCCCGCAACUCCCACUGAUGCACAGCGGGAAGGAAAAGAAACGGCUGCUGUAUCGCUCCGAAGAAAGCUCCGGAUCCUGACUCAGCCUCCUCAGUGCCCAGGUGGCCCAGCAGCCGCUGUUUUGUGUGAAGGGUUUGGCUGCUCGCUAGCGCGGUGGGUUCCUGUUGUGACUGGAUGGGACCCCUCUGCCACGCCUGUGCAUGGGGCCAGGAUCAGGGCUGGCCCUCCCCCCAUAGAUGGGCCUAUCUCCAGCCCCCUUCAGGACAGGCCCAGUCCUCCAGGGCGCCGGGGGCAGCUGUUGCAGCUGUGGAGGAGGCCGGGAAGGGUCCUGGAAUGUGGCUGCCAGACCUGAGGCUGCCUGAGCCGCUCCUCCUCCCCCGCCCGGGACUUGGCGCUGGCCCUCGGCGGUGGAGUUGGCGUCUCUCCUUCCAGAAGCACUCUGUUGAGCUGCUUGAGGACCAACAUUAAAACAGACGAUGUUCUUACUCCAA